AUGCAUCUCGAUUCCAUCCCCAGUUUGUUGUGCUGUUUCCUUGCUUCCACCAGUCUCUUCACGUCGACGGCCUUUGGAGCACCAUUCAUCAAGAGACAAUCAGGCGGCCCUGUGAUCGUCUCCCCAGGAGGCGUCGACGACAUCACGCUCACCGAGUUCAACACGCUCAACGGGACGAACCCGAACGCCACAUUCCACGGUCCUCCGCAGCCUCAGGCGGCCGCGGGUCUUCGUCUGGACCUGGUGAACAACUACGGCUCCGGCACGAACGUGUACAUCACGGCGCUCGACACGUCGAACCGAGUCAUCAUCCUCACACCGUCAGGCCAAUGGUACUACCCUACGUCCAGCUCCACGACGAUCCCACAGGCAAUCACCGAGAACAUCGCCAUCCCCCUCGGCAAUCAAGGCCAGACCACCAGCCUGACGCUCCCCGACUUCUUCAUCUCCGGCCGUGUGUACUUCGCGGCGGGCAACCUGCAAUUCUACACUUUGGAAACGGCCUCCGGGGGAGUCACGCUGGUCAGCCCGGACCCGCAGAACCCAAGUGACCCGUCGGCGAGCAUCUUCUGGGGCUUCGCCGAAAUGACGUACACCCAGGCCGGGGGACUGUACGCGGACAUGACGUUCGUCGACUUUGUCGGCAUGCCCGUCGGGAUGCAACUCACCACCACCGACGGCAGCGGCACACAGACGGUGCGCGGCGUGGCCCAGGGUGCCGUGUCGACCGUGUGCAACGACCUGGCGCCGCAUGCCUCACAGGACGGCCAACCCUGGGACCAACUGUGCCAGUACGCGCAGACCGCGGGGGGUUCGUCGUUGUCGCCUCUCCGCGCCAACGCGCCAGGCAAGUACAUCGCGGUGCACGGCGACGCGUUCAGCAACUACUACACAUCGUACGUGCAGAGCGUGUGGGCGCGGUACGCCAGCGAGACUUUGACCAUCCACUCGCAGAACGCCGCGCUGGGCGACAUCCCCUGCUCCACGGCGUCCGGGGCGCUGGUGUGCGAGGGCGCGUCGCGGUCGAUCCCGCAGCCGAGCGCGCUCGACAUCUUUGGGUGCCAGGGCGUGUUCGGGACGCAGGCCGGCGACAACGACGUGAUGCUCGCCGUCGUCCCGAGGCUGUGCGCGGCGUUGCAGCGUACCACGCUGCUGUUGGCCGCCGGCGGGAACGUCCAGCCCGGUCUGCCCGCGACCGACUACUACACCACCAGCCCGACGAACUGGUACAGCCAGGCCGUGCACUCGGUCGAGCUGGACGGGAGAGGCUACGCGUUUGCCUUUGACGACGUGAACCCCGAUGGCGCCCCCGACGCAAGUGGUGCCGUCGCCAGCGCGAAUCCAGCUGUGUGGACUCUAUUUGUGGGCGGGAGCUGA